AUGAGGUGUUUUGGUUGGUGUGGGAGUGAUGAUUUUCAUAAAGCUUCUCAAACAGGUUACAAUGGAGCUGAUCCAGCUGUUCAGAUACAGCUUAUUGAUGUACCAACCAUUCCAGUAAAUGAACUGAAAGAUAUAACCGAUAAAUUUGGCUCAAAGGCCUUGAUCGGUGAGGGCUCGUAUGGUAGAGUCUUUUACGGUGUUCUUAAAAGCGGCAAGCAAGCUGCUAUCAAGAAACUUGAAACUAGCAAGCAGCCAGAUCAAGCACUUCUUUCCCAGAUAUCAAUUGUUUCAAGAUUGCGACACGAAAAUGUUAUUGCUCUUAUGGGUUAUUGUGUUGAUGGCCCUCUCCGUGUUCUUGUUUACGAGUUUGCUCCUCACGGAUCUCUUCAUGAUAUUCUUCAUGGCCGAAAAGGUGCCAUAGGAGCAAUGCCAGGUCCUGUAAUGACGUGGCAACAGAGAGUCAAAAUCGCUGUAGGUGCAGCCAAAGGACUUGAGUACUUACAUGAGAAAGUGAACCCUCAGAUUGUCCACCGAGACAUCAAAUCCAGCAACAUACUUGUGUUUGAUGAUGAUCUUGCCAAGAUUGCUGAUUUCGAUCUAUAUGAUCAAGCUCCUGACAUGUCUGUACGUCCCUCGUAUUGUAAGCAAGGAAUCGGACGUGGCCUUCGCCCAUGUUACAUGACAGGAAGAUUUAGCAAAAAGAGCGAUGUGUACGUAUUUGGCGUUGUUCUGCUGGAGCUCCUUACGGGUCGUAAACCAAUAGAUCAUACCUUACCUCGUGAAAAACAAAGCCUAGUGACAUGGGCAAGGCCUAUGCUAAGCGAAGACAAAGUGAAGCAAUGCGUUGAUGCAAGACUACUCGGAGAGUACCCUCACCAAGCUGUUACCAAUUUCGCGGCAGUGGCUGCACAAUGCGUACAAUAUGAGCCAGAGUUGAGACCAAACAUGAGCAUUGUGGUGAAGGCACUUGUAACUCUUUAA